AUGUCUUCUGCCGUAGACGCCUUAGCCGAAAACCUCAAGAACGCCAGCAUCGAGGAUACCUCUGCUGCCAACAACGAGAGCGUUCUGGCCUCCGCUGCCGAGGGCCGGCGUUUGUACAUUGGGAAUCUCGCAUAUGCGACCACUGAGGCGGAACUCAAGCAGUUCUUUUCUGGCUAUGAUGUCGAGUCAACUUCAAUCCCCGUCAACCCUCGCACCAACCGCCCAGUAGGCUAUGCCUUUGUCGACCUCAAGACUGCAGAAGAGGCGGAAAAGGCGAUCGAGAACCUCUCCGGCAAGGAGAUUCUCGAGCGCAAAGUCUCUGUCCAGGUUGCUCGCAAGCCUGAUCAGGCCACAACCCCUGAAGGUACUGCCGAAGGGGCAGACGCAGACCGAAAGAGAUCCGCUGGUCGCGGUCGUGGUGGACGCGGACGUGGCCGGGGUGGUCGUGGUCGUGGAGGCGCAAGAGGCGCUGCUGAGGGUGGUGCACCUGCCACUGACCUCGCAGAGAACCCUCUUCCCUUGACCGAUGUCACUGCCGAUGCCAACAAAGCCGCUCCUGCAGCUGAUGCCAAGUCUCGCACUCCCCGUCCCCCCAAGCAACGUGGUCCCCCGGAAGAUGGUAUUCCAUCAACCACCAAGGUCAUGGUUGCCAACUUGCCCUACGACCUGAGCGAAGAAAAGCUCAAGGAACUCUUCGCCGCUUACCAACCCAGCUCUGCUAAGAUCGCCCUGCGUCCCAUCCCCCGAUUCAUGGUCAAGAAACUUGCGGCUCGCAACGAGCCUCGCAAAGGCCGUGGCUUUGGCUUCGUGACCCUGGCCUCGGAGGAGAUGCAGAAGAAGGCUGUGGAGGAGAUGAACGGCAAGCAGAUCGAGGGUCGCGAAAUCGCGGUCAAGGUCGCCAUCGACAGCCCAGGAAAAGAAGAUGGUGCUGGUGAAGCAGGUGAAGCCGGUGAAGCCACCGAGAACGGCACCAACGGCACGACUGAGGAGGUUGCUGCCGCUGCUGCCUAA